AUGAUGAGCUCCGCAAUUCCCAAACGCAACAAAGAGCAAGAGCUACAGGUCUCGAGCAAAGAAGACAAGCAGAAAGGCUUAGCCUCCAAUCGUACUUUACGAAUCCCUCAGCCAAAGCUCCGUCUUCAUGUGGAAGAGCUACGUCAUCCAGCCUCAAGCGCCUUUCUCGCUUUGAUCCCAGACGUCGCAUCAACACUCGACAGAGCCUUGGCAAACAUCAUCAAGUACCUAUAUACUUCACCUCCAAAGUCCAACAACACCCACCGGCCCAAGUUCACACCCAAGGUUCCAUCAACAAGAUCUGUAACAGUCGUCCUCCGCGAUUACAGCGGCGUAGCCUACACAAAAGGCACAGAGCUCGACGACGCGCACAAGGAAAUCCACGUCUCGCUGCCAUACAUCCAACACUGUACAUCGGGCCCAUCUGCGAAAGAUGACCCGCUCCAUGAGCUUGUUGGAGUCUUGACCCAUGAGCUUGUGCAUUGCUAUCAACACACGGUGCCGCUUAGUGCCCACGAAAACAGUGACGGGGACAUCCCGCAUCCGCCAGGCGGACUGAUCGAAGGCAUAGCUGACUUUGUGCGGCUCAAGGCUGGUCUGGAACCGCCGCAUUGGAAACGUCCUCUGUCUUCCGCGGAACGGCCGCCGAAAUGGGAUAUGGGAUAUCAGCACACGGCGUAUUUUCUCGCGUGGCUUGAGGAUGUUAGGGUUGGGAGAGGCGCUGUGGGGAUGUUGAAUGAUCGACUUUUGAGGGAUGGGUAUGUUGGUGAAGGGGAGGGUGAGUAUGUGGACAAACAGGGUACCGCGUUCUGGAAGGGUCUUUUCGAGGCUGGCGUUGGGGAGUUAUGGGAAGAGUAUGGGCAGUAUCUCGAUGGUCCUACGAAUGUGAGUGUUUAG